GGUUACCGGUCACUCUCGGUCCUGACUAUGGCCGUCCGCGCUUCCUUUGAAAACAACAACGAGAUCGGCUGCUUCGCCAAGUUAACCAACGCCUACUGCCUGGUGGCGAUCGGCGGCUCCGAGAACUUCUACGGUGUCUUUGAAGGGGAGUUAUCGGAAACAAUUCCCGUCGUCCACGCUUCCAUCGCCGGCUGCAGAAUCAUUGGAAGGAUGUGUGUUGGUAACCGGCACGGAUUACUGGUCCCCAAUAACACCACUGACCAGGAGCUGCAGCACAUACGCAAUUGUCUCCCAGACCCAGUGGCCAUCCAAAGAGUUGAGGAACGCCUCUCUGCACUCGGUAACGUUAUCGCCUGCAACGACUACGUGGCCUUGGUGCACCCUGACCUCGACAGGGAGACGGAGGAGAUCUUAGCAGAUGUGCUGAAAGUGGAGGUGUUCCGGCAGACAGUUGCCCAGCAGGUUCUGGUCGGCAGUUAUUGUGCUUUCAGUAAUCAGGGAGGUUUGGUUCACCCGAAGACAUCCAUUGAAGACCAGGAUGAGCUGUCUUCUCUACUCCAGGUUCCCCUGGUGGCCGGCACGGUGAACCGUGGCAGCGAGGUGAUAGGUGGAGGCCUGGUGGUGAACGAUUGGUGUGCUUUCUGUGGGCUCGACACUACCAGCACAGAACUGUCUGUCAUUGAGAGUGUUUUCAAGUUAAAUGAAGCACAGCCGAGUGCAAUUGCCACCAGUAUGAGAGAUUCACUGAUAGAAAGCUUAACAUAGAGUGGAAAUGGAAGCGUUUCUGGACAUUGAGCAAUUCUAUCAGCCAACUGUACAGAGCAGGAAAGCCACACAGGCCUGGGCCAGACCAACACUCACUGUUCCAUAUUGGGUUCACAUCUCUCCUACUUAGCAGCUAAAUACUGUGGAGAACUGAAUAUAAAAUACAAGAUUGCCGAAUGAUCACUCGAUUAAACCAACAGUUUCCUAUUUUCUGUGUUUAAAAAUACAAAUUCUUGCAAAGCA